AUGAAAGUUCUAUGGCGUCAGCAAGACUACAACGAAGCUCUGACUGUCUUCAACGAGGACGGUUCGUACAAGACAAUCUCCGUCGACGAAAAAAUGCAGGCGCUGGAUGUUUGUGAAACCAUGUUGUCCAAAAAUCAUAUUACCAGCAACUCCAUCAACUGGCAGCUUUACAGCGAACCCUCGCAGCUACCUGGAUAUGAGCGAGCGAUUGAAGACCACGAAUACGUGUUUGAUCUCUACGAACGCUGGCGUGCGGCCGAUGAAUCCCCCCGAUUUUGGUUUCGAUGGAAUCCGCGGAAGUAUCAUCUGAGUGACGAAAUGAGAGACGUCCUUACAAGAACGGAUGGCACCACCAACUCCGUGCCUCGACCAAUGAGUGCGGUGGACGAUCUACGGGGCAUCUCAGAAGGCGUGCUCUGGUUAAAACGACCUCAAUGCAACUGGAUCAAGGCCUUCUGCUUCAUUAUUGCCUCGGCAAUUUUCUUUACCAAGAAGGCGCACAAGAAGAAAUCAAAGAAUUCUGACUUUCUGUUGGACCUGACUACCAUGGACGCUUAUGUCGCUCGCGGAGCCCGCACAGACAAGGAUCCCUUCCAGUCACCCACGCCCUUCUCAAUAGUCUUUCUGCCGUCCACUGUGGGUUUCGUCGAUACUGAUUCCGUCAUCGUCAUUGCCACAACCAGCGAGGCGGGACUGAAGGCGUGGAGUGAAGGUCUUCGAUUUCACAAGGAAGACAUCUAA